AUGAACAUAAUUUUAGGACAUAUAUCUCCUGUGGCAGGACCAUCAACUCAAGAACUUGUUGAUGAGCAACGAACUCCGAUAUCAUUUGCUGCUAUAGCAACAACACCUGCUAUUGCAUCAUCUUCUAAACCAGGUCAUAGAAAGCGAAAGCAACAUGCUACUAUAUUAACUGCGACUCCUAUGAAAAUUAGUUUAGAGAAUAAAGAAAAGAAAAAAAUAGCGAAACACAAUAAGGCUAGAAAAGAUGAUAAAUCAAGACCAAAACCCGUUGUCGAAGGAAAGAAGAACAAACAAAUGAAACAAAAAUCGUACAAGAGAAAAUUUUUACAAGAAAGUUCUUCAGAGACUGAAGAUGAAGAGCACCUUUGCGACGAUGACAGUGAUGACGAAAUGAUUGUGGAUAAUGAAGAUUAUAAUAAUUGUAUCAUUUGCGAAGAAUUUGGAAAAAAUAACGAGUUAUGGUAUCGCUGCACCACCUGCGGUCUGUGGGCUCAUGCUAUAUGUUCAGGGUGGGAGACGCCAGAUGAAUAUGUAUGUGAUUUAUGUAUUCAAAAUCGUAAAAUGUUUGAAGAUUUGACUUUGGUUUGCGACGGCCAUUUGGCAUCUGCCGCUGGGAGAAAAUUCUCUAACGCUAGUGAAACAGUGAAUAAUAUAAAAUCGGUUUCGCCAAAUAUAACUGAAGUAUUUUUUGGUUGCAAAUGGAAAGAUAUACCAAAAGAAACAUGUGAAAAUCUCUUUGCACCUAUAUUGACCGAAGAAGGUCUCUGCUACACUUUCAACAUGUUAUCCGCUGAAGAAUUAUUUAGAGUAGAAAACUUACAUGAUGACUAUCCAUAUUUAGAACGAGGUCUAUCUAGACCGGAUAACUUGACUACCUUUUGGAAUUUAGAAAAUGGUUACCCACCCGAAGCUCCGAUAGAGACAUAUCCUCAUAGAGGUUCGGGAUAUGGUGCAAAAGCUGGAUUAACGUUUCUUAUGAAGACUAAAGAAAUUGAUCUAGAUUACUUGUGUAAAGGUCCCGUUCAAGGUUUUAAGGCUGAUGAUAAAAACGCUACGACUGACAAGACUAGUUUUGGCUACACUCUCGGUCAGCGUAGCUACCGCGGAAAUAUCGUUUUCAUCUCUGCGUUCAAACCGUGGUUGCGCCUCGAUGGCACAGAAGAAAAUAUCGGGGCUAGCUCUCUUAAACAUACUUAG